GUUCGCGGCAGAAACUUUGAAACUUAAAAACUCCUAGCACGCUUCUAGUAACGGCAAAGUAGCUUCGAGUGUUGCUUAGAACGAGCCUUUACUUUGCACUUCGAGGCGAAGUAAAUGUGGUGCUCUGUUAAUGGAGACGGCAUUGGGAUCGUCGCUACACAGAGGCUGUCUGACAUUACGUGGAGGUCUACUUCCCAGUGUUUAUUACUACGCAUAACAUCCUUUGUUCCGUGCUAUCUUAGUGCUCGAGGAUUGUCGGGGACGAACAACAAUUGGUGAGGCAACCAGGACAGAACACCAAAGAGCGGGAAACACACACAACCCAUGCUCGAACCAGUUGAGAAAAACAAGAUUCCUCUUCAGAACACAGGACAAGGGGUGUUAACUUCCCAUUAAAGAUCCAAGUGAUACCUGUGCGUUUGAGUUCUUGAGUCCCAUCCAUAUGGAUCCACAGCUGCAAGAAAUGUGCCUCUCCCCAAAGUUCAGUGUUCAGCUCUCAAGAGUGAAAGUGGAACCGCCUGAUGCUGCAUGUCUACACGAACAGGGCCAGAUACAGGAACAGUACUGCAGCGAGUCUCCUUUAAGAAGCAAUAGUUACGGGGAGACAGCUGGAAUGUACCACAUCAAAGAAGAACCUCAUGAGGACUGCUCAAGUGAACAUCCCAUCGUAGAAGUGAAGACCGAGCCGUACAACACUGCAAUCUUGGCGGAACAGGACCAGAUGGGACACAGACAAGACUCAACAUCUGGAGCAGCAAGAGAGAGUCCCACUACUCCUCCAUCGGAUGCUCAGAUGGGAGAGACGGGUAUUGGGUGCGACAUCUGUUCCUCUGUUCCUGGGUUCUCAUGGUCUGGGAGUGACGAGAACCACGUGUCGAAGCAUACAGACGAGAAGCCAUGCAAGUCCAAUCUCUGUUCUGCACAGUUCCGGCGGAGCACGAGCCCAUGGUGUCACAAGCGAGCACAUACGGGCAAGGAGCCGCACAAGAGUGAUCUCCGCCUUGCGGAGUUCAGCCAGAUUGCGCACCUGCAGCUGCAGAAUCGAGCACACACAGACAAAAACCGAUACAAGUGUGAUGUCUGCCCUGCGCAGUUCAGCCAGAGCCGCCACCUACAGUAUCACAGGCGGACACACACGGGCGAGAAGCCAUACAAGUGCGAUGUCUGCCCUGCAGAGUUCAGCACGAGUGUCCAGCUACAGUAUCACAGGCGGACACACACGGGUGCGAAGCCAUACAAGUGCGAUGUCUGCCCUGCAGAGUUCAGCCAGAGCGGGAACCUACACCAGCACAAGCGGGCACACACGGGCGAGAAGCCAUACAAGUGCGAUGUCUGCCCUGCAGAGUUCAGCAGGAGCGGGAACCUACAGCGGCACAAGCAUACACAUACGGGCGAAAAGCCGUACAAGUGCAAUGUCUGCCCUGCACAGUUCAGCACGAGUGUCCAGCUACAGUAUCACAGGCGGACACACACGGGUGAGAAGCCAUACAAGUGCGAUGUCUGCGCGGCAGGGUUCAGCCGGAGUGGGAGCCUACAGCGUCACAGCCGGACACACACGGGUGAGAAGCCAUACAAGUGUGAUGUCUGCCCUGCAGAGUUCAGCCAGAGUGGGAACCUACACCAGCACAAGAGGACACACACGGGCGAGAAGCCAUACAAGUGCGUUGUCUGCGCAGCAGGGUUCAGCCGGAGUGGGAGCCUACAGUAUCACAGGCGGACACACACGGGUGAGAAGCCAUACAAGUGCGAUGUCUGCCCUGCAGAGUUCAGACAGAGCGGGAACCUACACGAGCACAAGCUGACACACACGGGCGAGAAGCCGUACAAGUGCGAUGUCUGCCCUGCACAGUUCAGCACGAGUCUCCAGCUACGGUAUCACAGGCGGACACACACGGGUGCGAAGCCAUACAAGUGUGAUGUCUGCCCUGCAGAGUUCAGCCAGAGCGGGAACCUACACCAGCACAAGUGGACACACACGGGUGAGAAGCCGUACAAGUGCGAUGUCUGCCCUGCACAGUUCAACACGAGUGUCCACCUACAGUAUCACAGGCGGACACACACAGGCGAGAAGCCAUACAAGUGCGAUGUCUGCCCUGCAGAGUUCAGCCAGAGCGGGAACCUACUCCAGCACAAGCGUACACAUACGGGCGAAAAGCCAUACAAGUGCGAUGUCUGCCCUGCAGAGUUCAGCCAGAGCGGGAACCUACACCAGCACAAGCGUACACAUACGGGCGAAAAGCCAUACAAGUGCGAUGUCUGCCCUGCAGAGUUCAGCCAGAGCGGGAACCUACACCAGCACAAGUGGACACACACACACGGACGGGCGAGGAGCCAUACAAGUGCGAUAUUUAUCCUGCCGAGUUGAGCAAGAGCACGAAGCUGUGGAACCACAAGUGCAGGCACGAGGGCGAGAAGCCACAGAAGCGCGAUGUCUCUCCUGCAGACUUCAGCCAGAACACAAGUACGUCUUUUUACAAGGGAAAACGCACGUGUAAGAAGCUGUACAAGUGCAGUCCCCUCUCUUGCAAAGUUCAGCCAUGGCAAUGAUCUUGCGGCACUAUGUGCAGGGGAGAAGCCAUACACAAGUGCCAUGUCUACCGUGCAGAGUUCAGCCAGAACACAAAUCUGAACAAUUAUAAAUGCGCACACACGGGCCAGAAGCCAUACAGGUGCGAGUUCUGACCUGCAGGGUCACCCACAGAACGAAUUGCGAUGUCACAAGCAGACACAUAUGACAGAGGAUCCCUACAAGUGGGAUGUGCGUCUUGCAGAGUUCAGCCACAGCGUGGGCCUGUGGCAUCACAAGUAGACACAGACAGAUAUGUGAAACUAUACAGAAGUAUUCUCUGUUCUACAAACUUGGCAUAGCAUUCCACAUGCUGACUCCACUAAUAUAUCUGAAAUGUUGUGCCGCAAUAGAGUUGAAUUGCACAGAAACUUUGAAGAUCCCUUGCUCCCAUUGCACCACGCUUAAAGUUGAAUGGAAUCAAUUACUGCGUACAGUACCUUCCAAGGGGGACGUGUUUAUUAAAGAACAGAUGAAGAUAACAAACAACAUAUAUACAUAUUCUGAUGAUGAAGUGGGGAGGUUUUCCAUAGCUAGGGUGUCUAAUAUGAGUGGUGACAAUGAUAAGUGGUGACGAUGAGAGGUGACUGGAAUGAUCGGAGCUGCGGUGGCGAUGCUGAAUGUGAUCGUGAUGGUGGAAAUGUCCAAAUAUAACAAAACAUAGGCUAGACUCAUCAAUAGAUCGUAUUGACAAAUAUAAUAGAAGUCAGCUGGUGCAUGCAACAUCAAAACGGAAGUGUGGUUCUGCCAUACUGUAGCAUGAGCUCGUGAACAAAUUGUACAUGGCCACAUGACCAUGUCAACUACUUAAAAGAAAGUUAACUUACGUUAACAUGAGUACGGAUUUGUCCAGCCAGUGCAGCAGUUUAUAUACACACUGUAACCGUUUCCACGUCUUGAAAGGUGCAAUAACGUGCAGUGCGUAUGCCUUUUUCGGUGUAAUUUUGGUAAGAUCAUAAUGGAGCACGGUUUCGCACUAAUUUUCUUUACUCAAAUGUUGCGUGUUUUCCAAAAAUUCAGUCUUGCAACACCUCAACAUUGUUAAACAGUAUUGUAGACACUUGCACGUGCUCGAUUAUCGGUAGUGAUGCACAUAUGCAUUAGCACCAAGACAUAAUGAAAGCAAGAUUUGCACUGACACUUGACCUUUUCUAAUGCUUUCCGAAUUUUUAAAAUAUCAUCCUGGGGGUACAAUGUUACGCAACCAGGUUGAAUGUGCAUAGCGCUCACCUUUAAAGGUGUGAAAAAGUUUACAGUGCACUGAGCACACAAGCACGUGGAAGAACAUGCACCCAUAUGUUAGCAGUAGCUAUCGUGCUUUUGCGUUAUUGACAGCUGCUGUGUGACUGCAUUGCUUUUCUGUGCUCAUUUAUUGAGUGUGGAUAUAGACAACAGUAGUAAACGAGGCUAAACAAGCACCCGUUGAUAGCUGAUAGCGUGUUUGUUGAUAGCUGUCAUAUGGCCACAGAGUUUGUUCAUGUGCUCAUGUGUUCAGUGUGAAUAUAGCGCUAAACAACAACAAAAAAGUGUCCUUUCUGUGUCUCCUGAAGCUCGAUGCUUUUCUUUCAAACAAAAAUGUAUGCAUGCUGUUCGGCAUCCUUUUGUGAGUAGGAGAGUUGGAAAUUACUCGACGACACUGCAGCUUUACACUGAUGUGAUCUGUGCACUCUCUAUUAUAUGGCCUCAUAUCCUGUAUCGGUAAGCCUUAAGAAUGGAAAAACACACCCCUGUGGAGUCAUGCCACCUGAUUUAUCAUAUAAACCUGCAUCCACAUUGCAAUUACGACCCUAUUUAUGGCGAAUGCCAGAAUGCCUCUACUUCGGCUGUGUUGUGCCUGUUUCGAACGUCUUCUGAAUAGCUGAGUUCAAAAAUGGUAGUAAACCAAACGAGUAACCGCUUCUAAUAUACAUAAGCAUAGUACUUCAGUGCACUUUCAAUUAUAUUACAACUUGUUCUCCUUACACACGCUCAGAUGCAUGCUAAGCAUCCACGUUUUUUUUUCUUUGUGACAUGUCCUGUAUAUUACCUACGCAGAACAGGAACUCUCAUUUCACACCAGCUGUCCUCUGCCUUGACUCGCACUCUACCCCUAACUGUAGAGAAGUGAGUGGAGGGUGAAUAGAAUAUGGGCAUACUAUGGUCAUAAAGUUCUUAUGCAACUAAGGAUGUGUCAUCAGCAUCAUGAUAAAUGAUUAUCCUAACAUCUAUGGAUCUGUCUUUCGAAAGAGUGCCUGAAUGCUGUUGCAAUACGAGACACCAUGACAUACAUUUAUUGCUGGAAAGCUUCCUUCCUGCUCAUCAUCACCAGGAGAAUAUGUGGCAUUUAAUGCUACUACGAGACCUUUGGGCAUGGCGAGGGAAGAAUUGGUGGGCGUGUGGAUGACGAGGGUGAUGGUGCGGAUAAGGCAUGUGGCGUCGCCUGUCGUCAUGUGCAUGUGGUAGUGGCUGACGAGAAACCUCACGAAGUCGAGGCGUUCGUCCUGCAGGCACAAACUGUCCUGCAGGACAUCGCAGACGAUAUUUAUGGCCCACGUCAGGUAUCCGUGGACGCGGUGGCAGGUCACCAGUUCUUUCUGGAGGCUGUUAAAGGCCCCCGGGAGGCGCGACACGAUGCGCCGGUAUAGUGCAGUGCAAAUAACAAGAUUGGCACUGCGUCGGGCAUUGGCAGGCGCCCGAAGAUCAUGGCAGAGAGAAGAGUGAGGAGACGCUUCAUCGUCGAGCAGGGAUUCCAGCCAGACAAGGUAAAGGGAUAAAUCGGGGUAUGCGAAACACAAAACGGUAUCUACUUCUCAUCUUCUAUGGUGAUACGGUGGUUCGGCAUUUCACUUUCAGGUGGGUAACCGUUCAAUCGAAUUACAAGAACGCAGUUACGAGGAAUGUGUGUUAUAUCUUGAUUCGGAUUGUGGCUCAUGGUAGCAGGAGGGGUGCAUAUAUAGGUAAUGUCCGUGUAACGGUACUUGACUAUACAUUCAAUAGAUUUACUAAGGCGAUGCUGUCAGUGACUAGU